AUGACAAAAGGAACAUCAUCCUUUGGAAAGCGUUACAAUAAGACGCACUCAUUAUGCCGCUGCUGUGGCUCUAAGGCCUACCACCUUCAGACAUCUACCUGUGGCAAAUGUGGCUACCCUGCCAAGCGCAAGAGAAAGUAUAAUUGGAGUGCCAAGGCUAAGAGGAGAAACAUUACCGGGACUGAACUGAUGAGGCACCUAAAAAUUGUCUAUCAAAGAUUCAGACAUGGAUUCCAUGAAGGAAUGACACCUAAACCCAAGAGGGCAGCAGUUGCAGCAUCCAGUUCAUUUUGAGGAUUUCAGUCAGUCAUAAAAAUAAAAUGUUCUGGUUUUGAAAA